ACGUUCAAAAAAAAUGUUUUUGUCCCUCGUUUUACUUCCAUAAUGUUGGGGGGUAUCAUGUGUAUUGUAAUGAUGAAAUGUAGGAGUGCGACGGGAGCAGUUCCCGAACCUUUUCUUCAAGAGUCAGUAGAUUGGCCUCCUCCCCAAUUAGCGCUCAGUUUGCGCAAUGAGAGUCGGGGGGGGUGAGGGCGCGUCACGUGUUUGUUGAAGGUGAGGCCAGGGCACCGAUCCCUAUCACUGGCACUGAUCUGAUAGGGCUGCGGAUUAAUCUCAACCCUUCGCUUAUUAUCACUCCCUAUUCUCGUCGGAUUCUCAGCCGCUGCCACAAGCCCUUCGCUUUGGGGAAACCCAUCUUUGAGUCACUGAUUUAUGUGCAGUUUUCCCUCUCCCCAAUUCGCUCUGUACAGACCCCACAUCAGAUCAAUGUUAAACUUCCCUCUCUCCGCCCCUCCCCAAACAAUGACACGGUGCCGGUAGGAGGGUCAGAGGGAGGCACCGGACUCGUGUGAUGGAGAGGAGCCCGCGGGGAUGGAGCUGUUGUCCGUAUGGCCCAGGCCAGUAGCAGCGGUGCCGGGGGGUUCCCGAAAGGAAGCGGAGAGCUGUCCUUGGAGGAAGUGCUGAAAUCUUACCAACAGCCGAUCAAUGAGGAGCAGGCGUGGGCCGUGUGUUACCAGUGCUCCCGGGGGCUGGAGGAGGAGCAGCGGCCACCGACCGGCACAAUCCGGGAUCCCUCGUCUCUUCUGCUCCACAGGGAUGGGACCAUCACCGUUCUACCGGAGACCCAGGGCUCGUCUGAAACUGGUCCAAUAUCUCCACUGUCAGGAAUCACAGAGACACAGAUGGUACAGUACCUGGGUUUUGCCAUUUACCGCGCUCUGGACUGGGGCCUUGAUGAAAGUGAGGAGAGGGAGCUCAGUCCCCAACUGGAGAAGCUUAUCGAUCUUAUGGCCGACGGUGAUUCAGAAGGUGUCACAGAUGAAGGCUAUGAUGGACCAGAAGAUGAGGAUGAGGAGGGCCAACCUCGACUUGUACGCAGUUUCUCUGCUGUGUUGCGAGUUUGUGCAUCACGCCUACCAGAACCCCAUGAAGCCCAGACCCACUACCAAGCAGUCUGUAGAGCACUCUUUGCUGAGACAGUGGAGCUCCGAGCAUUCCUGAGGGAGAUCAGAGAGACCAAAGAGACACUGAUGAAGUUACGUACAGAAGAGACAGAACCAGAUGGACUUGUUAAUUUGCAGAAUACUGAUUGGACAAACCUGUGGGUGCAGCUGAUGAGGGACCUACGUCAAGGAGUUCAGUUGAAAAAAGUCAGAGAGAAGACCUUUAACUCUUUACCCACGGAGUACCAACUGACCCCCUUUGAAAUGCUCAUGCAGGACAUCAGGGCACAGAAGUACAAGCUGCGUAAAGUCAUGGUCGGAGGAAACAUUCCUCUGAAAGUUAAGAAGGAUGCCCAUGAAGUUAUACUGGAUUUUAUAAGGUCCAGGCCACCACUGAAACCGGUUUCUAGUAGGAACCUGUCCCCAUUGCCUCUUAGACAGAGGAGUCUUCAUGAGAAGAUGCUUGAUGAAAUAAAAAAAGAACCCAAACUUCGACCUGUGGAUGCAAGUAGAAGGGGUCAAAAAGGUUUUGGUUCCCUGCCUUGCAUUGUAGAAGCCUGUUCCAAAGACAUAAAGUCUACAUCUUGCAUAAACCUCUCCAUUCCAGAACCUACAGCCCCUCGACCACGGCCUCGGAAAUUGCUUAAAGCUCCCACACUGGAAGAGAUGGAGGAGAUGAAUCUCUCAGAGGAGGAUGACUCUCCAAAUGCAGAGGUCCGUAGGGUGAUAAGUGCUCCAUUGCCACUCAAACGUGACCGCUCAUUCUCCGAGCAGGACUUGGUACAACUGCAGACUGAAAUGGGACACGUUCCUCAGCGAGUAAGUGCUCUGGAUCACCACCGGUUACAAACAAGAGAACGGUCAGGCAGCUUGACCACCACUCACAGACCUGUGGGCAGAAGUUUAGCAUCCCAAAACACUGCUAGACUCAAUGGCACUUCCCCUUCUUCGUAUGGCUCACUCAGUUCUGUGCAAGAAUGGACAGAGACAGACACUUCAUCGGAGAAUAACUCCAAGCACAGGUGUCUGGAAUUCAGUCACCCUGUGGACACACUGGCCCUGACCGUGGAGGAGGUAAUCAAUGUACGCAGGGUCCUUGUGAAAGCUGAGAUGGAAAAAUUCCUACAAACUAAAGAACUGUACAGCAAUUUAAAGAAAGGAAAGAUUUGUUGCUGUUGCCAAGUGAAGUUCCCUCUCCUCUUCCUGUUCUCCCGAUCAUUUAAUUGCCUCUUCUGUAAAAGGUCUGUCUGUGCUGCUUGCAAUGUGAAGAUGAAGCUUCCUGCCAAGAAAUUGGACCAUAUUCCAGUGUACACUGUAGGGUUUGAUAUUCCUACCAGAUCAACCAGCUCAAGUGUGCAUACCUCCCGAUGGACUGACAAUUCCCAUGGUCCUAUCUGGAGAAACGUACAGCGUCAAUUUCCACAUAUCUAUGCCCAGGGCUUUGUUCUGAAGGACGUGUGCACUGACUGCGCUGCUUUCAUUAGAGAUGUGGUGUCCUCCAGCAGAAAAAGUGUGGACAUUUUAAACAUUGGGGCCAGAUCAACACAAGCUGAAGCACACAAGAGGACUGCCAAGAGAAUGUGACACCACUGUUUCAUCACUACUGUCACAAGGGAAAAUAAACUCUGGUGUCAGUGGCUUGCAAGACAUACAUUUGUAUGAAUGAAUUCUAAGCUACUGAAUGGAAUGUCUGCACAUUUGUAAUGAAGGAUGCAUGCUGAAGCACUGGUGACUGUAGAUGUCAAAUUGACCUAACCAAACAUCCACAGAAAGAAAUCAGUUGGAACCUAUCUGGACCUUUAUUAUGUAACCAUUUUGGAGGCAGUUUAAUGCUGGUUAAGUUAUAAGGGUGUAAUGAGCCAAAGGAUUUAUAGAAUAUCCAGAUCUGGGAAAGGCUGUUAAAAGUAGGGUUUAAAGUAUUUCUCAAUCUGAUAUUGAAUCAACGGGGAUCUUGGCUGGAUCACUGGAUACCCCUUACCUUGUUUUCAGGCUUAACAUAUCCGUUACCUAAAAUCUCAGAGCUGGCUCUGUGGAUUCACUGCACAUAAGUUGAACUCAUGUGGGACUCUUGGUAGAACACUAGUGUAGAAGCUGCAGUAUAGUGUAAUAAACCAUUAUUGCAUACACAAUUUCAAGGGCCUGGAAUAUGUGUGUUUACAGCUGCAACGUCCAUAAGUUGCCCUUUAAGCUUAUGUCCCAGUGCCAUCUUUUUCUCCUUAGGGCAACAAUUUGGCCACAAAACAUAUUGCUUGUGAUGGUGAUAAUGAUACAAAUCGCAUUUGAGCCGAACAAAAAUAUUUUAUAGAUGCCAUAAACACAGGCACAUUUUGUUAUCUAUGAGAAGCACUUAGUUAGAAAAAAGAAAAGGAGAUCAAAUGCCACAUGGUCCAUUAUCCAUAGAGUCCAGUAGCCUCUAGUGGUAACAGAAUCUAAGGUGGACCACUAGCCCCAGAUUUGUGGGAGAUUGGUGGAAACAUAAUUCAUUUCUUCUUUGCAAACACAGUAUUACUCUAUACAUAUUUGAUCUAGAACUUUUGGAAAGGCUGGAUUAUGUGCUGUGGCUAACCAAACCAAAGGCUCUCCUAGCAUGGCACAACCCAAUAUCCUGUUAGAGCUUAAUUCCAGUAUGGACACACCCAUUUAACCUUAAAUGCUGCAUGUGGGAAAUACACUUCUAUGCUUAGUUUUCUCCCAUAAUGCUUUCUUUUUGUAAGUCAUAUCUAUGCUACUUACUCAAUGACCUCAGUGCAGAACUGUGCAGCACAGAGGUACCAAGUGAGAUGUGUCUUUUUUUCUUUCUCUUUCUUUCUUUCUCUUUCUUUCUUUCUUUCUUUCUUUCUUUCUUUCUUUCUUUCUUUCUCUCUCUUUCUUUCUUUCUUUCUUUUUCUUUCUUUCUCUUUCUUUCUCUUUCUUUUUCUUUCUUUUUCUUUCUUUCUUUCUCUUUCUUUUUCUUUCUUUCUUUCUCUUUUUCUUUCUUUUUCUUUCUUUCUUUCUUUCCCUUUUCUCUGGGGCUGGAGGUGCCACAAAGGAUCUCUUGCAGUGCAAAAUCUCACAGGCCUCUCCAGCCCUACAAUGGUACAAAUCAUAUUUUUGUAACAAAAUUUUACAAAAUUUUUAAAAAAUGUAAACCUUAUGCUGUAUAUAUAAAUUGCA